AAUAUAACAUGUAAAACAGGAGAUGGUAGAACAAUUCUAUGAUUACAUAAUAAUGAUACAUUUGCAUGUUGAUCAGAUUCAUUAAUGAUUUAAUUUCCAUGUACUAAUAUAUCACCAUUCAUAAUGGCCAGUGCACACGGACCUGCAAAUACAUCAACGGUUCGGGACAGUAAGGAAUGGUUUCAAUAAGGUCCGCUAACGAUCUUGUCUUCGGGAGAGUUUAAAUGACAAAGUAACCUGAUCGCUAAAUUCAUAUGGAAAUCAUAUAUUCACCGAACACAGAAAGAGGAAAUUCAAUUAGACGACGCUAAAAUGGUGACACAAUGGAACGCCCUCAACGACACCUGGCGUAUCAUAUAUGAACCAUAACAACAAUUAGAUUACCUUGGAUGCACUUUGGAAGAAUUUGAUACUACUUGUAAAUAGUACGUGGAGCAACAUCGCCAUGUUCAGUUCGGGAAGGACAUGAUAACAUCACUCUGCAUUAACCUGGGAGAGGAUAACAAUAUAAUCUCAAACCCGGUAUAGCAAUGUAAUAAAAAAAAGUCUAGAUAGACGUCAAAUCCUGAAGCGUGUGUAAUAUGUGGAAUUAAACGAUCAUUUCCAAAUGAAGAUGACUUAACAGGGAUAAAGACCUAAUAGAUAAUGGAUAAAAUCAGAUAGUUCAAAUUGACAGCUCAAGCUUUUAGAAAUGAGUAUAACCUUUAAAAACAAAAUUAUCUCAAUCGAUUGUUAUGAAAAGCUAGAAAAUAACAACAACGAAAAGUCAGCAAACACAAAGGGAAAUACAUCAGCGAUUGCCGAAAUUCUAAAAGAUGGACACGUGGUGUUUUAUAGUGACCAUAAUUCUAUGGAUUUGUUUAUGCAAAGAGUCACUCAUGCUGUCUGAUGAGAAGAAACUGAUCAAGAUUUUGCUUGAACAAUAUGACGAAGUUGGCAAAGUAGGACGUCCAGUGCUAAAUACGUCACACACCGUCAACGUGAAAUAUGGCCUUGCACUCAUACAGAUUCUCGAUCUCGAUGAAAAGAAUCAAGUGCUUACUACAAAUACAUGGAAUAGAUUUUUGUGGACAGACAUGUUAUUGAGGUGGAACAAGUCGGAUUAUGGUGGAAUUGACCAUGUCAGAAUUCCAUCUGAAAAAAUAUGGACACCCGAUAUUGUACUUUACAACUAUGCUGAUUAUCGUUUGAAAGAGCAAAGAGAAGCUAUGGCUGUUGUAACCUAUGACGGAACUGUUAUGUGGAUUCCAAUGGCAAUAUACAAAAGCACAUGUCAAAUAGACAUCAAGAAUUUCCCAUUUGAUGAACAGACUUGUCAUUUAAAAUUUGGUAGCUGGACCUACGAUGGUUUUAAAUUAGAUUUAAAUUUUUAUAAUGAAAAAAAUGUGACAGACAUUACUGAUUAUGUGGACAGCAACGAGUGGAAACUUUUAGAGCACCCAGCUGUGAAGAACACAAAGUAUUAUCCAUGUUGUAAAGAGCCAUAUCCAGACUUAACAUUUACACUAAAAAUAAAGCGCAUCGCAGCGUUUUACAGCUAUAUAUUGAUAUUACCAUGCGUUCUACUGGCAACAUUAACACUUGUGGUAUUCUGGUUACCACCAGAAUCUCCAGCUAAAAUGAUAUUAGGAAUGAAUAUACUCAUGGCAUUCUUUCUCCUACUCUUGACGUUGGCUGACUCCACCCCUCCUGCAGCAGCCAGCAUCCCACUUAUAGGUGCAUACUUUUGUUUGAACAUGGUCCUCAUCACCUGCUCCACAUUUUUGUCAGUAAUCGUCAUCAAUCUGUACUUCCGUGGUGAUAAGAAGGGCCGUGUCCCGGCAUGGAUCAGAGCAUGCUUUAUAGAUGGGAUAGGUCGAGUUCUAUGCAUGACAACUCCUGCGGAAAGACGGGAUCAAACCCGCUCUCUGGAGGCUGUACAAACCAGUGACGGGGGAGUCGCCAAUCAUAUUUAUAAGGAUAAGAAAGGUCGUAGUAAAGAACGGAGACUUCCAGAGCUUAAAUAUAACAAAUUUGAACCCCCUGAGCCAUAUGACUUUUUAAACCACGGGGGAAAUUCAAAAAGUGGUGCUAGGUCACCUUUACACACACAGGCGAUUGAGAGCGACAUUAGGGAAAUAAGAAGGUGCCUGAGGACUUUUAUGACUCGAGUUCACGAGAAGGAAAUUCAGGGCAAAAUUUCUAUGGAGUGGAGAACUGUUGCAUUAAUAAUGGAUCGUAUUUUCUUUUUCACAUAUCUAGCUAUUACUAUAAUUUCACUAGCAACGAUCUUCCCUAAAUCAUGAUUCUUCAGAGACAAACACAAUCUAAAGCUAUACAUUUUCCUUCGCUCAUGCUCAUACUUAUACACGGCUAUAUGUGAUGAACCAAACUGGUGUUUGUUCAACCAAUGUGUAUAUACACUUUUCUCAAUAUAAGAACGGAACCACCUAAUUUAGUUUAACUUUAAUCCUUUGUUUAUACCAUACUGCAUCCUUAAAUAUAUUAGGGUUCCAAAACAUUAUUAAGAAAAGUAUAUCCAUAUUGUCUAAACCUAGAAAGUGACAUUAUCAAAAAUGAAGCACAUGCGGAUAUCGCAAAAAAAGGUUGUGAUAUGUUUGAGACAAAAAAUGUGGUAGAAUAUAUGCAUCUCCUUCUGGAGACAAUUGGAUAUAGUUGAUUGUGACAUCACAUGGACUAACCAACACUGACGUCAGCAACACUGCACUCUGGUCGCUAAAUGUCACAAUGUUUUGUACUAUGUGUCUUAAAAUUGUAUAUUUAUGUGUUCAAAUUCACCUCUCUUCAUCGGUUUAAUUUAGUUACCUCUUGUACAUCGUCAUCAAUUAUUUAUACCAUGUUUAUUCAGAUGUAAAAACUGUAAUAUGUAAAUAAUACACAAUUCAAAUGUACCCAAAUAUGGAUUAA